UGUAAUGUUACCCAUUCCGCGUCCUCCUCCUCUUGGUGCGCUUCGCUGUUUGCAGAGUGUCAUGACGUCGGGAUGUGUCCGUCGUGGCUCCACCUGGCUUGAAUCUGAAGACCUGAAAUCCCAGUGUUAGUGGAAACACCUGCGCGGGAGAGAAAAGGGGUCCGACUGUAUGUGUGCGCCGUUUUUGUUCCUCUGAAGCAAGAAGCAGCAUACGGAGGCUUGGGGGUCAUUCCUUACAAGGUACAUCAGGAGGAUGAGGCACAUUCUGUCUAAUUUAUUCUUCACCACUGGACUGAUGAUGGGAUUUCUCUGCCUUCGCUUUCUAUUGGACUUGAAUGUUUCAGUAGAACAGGUCAUAUAUUUAGUGAGGGACGUCACGCAUGAUGUCAAACAUGGUGAACAUCAUGUAGAUAGAGGUGACAACAAGAGCUCAGCUGCUAAUUCUUCUCACACUAAUCGGAUCUUAUGCUGGAUCAUGACGGGACCCAAGAACCUGGAAUCCCGAACCAAGCACAUCAGAGAGACAUGGGCCAAGCGCUGCAAUAAAGUGUUGUACAUGAGCUCUGUCAAAACUGACUUCCCCACUGUCGAGCUGAAUGUGAGUGAGGGGAGGGACAACCUGUACUGGAAGACAAUUCGAGCUUUUCAGUACAUCCACAUGCACCACCUGGAGGAAGCAGACUGGUUCCUGAAAGCAGAUGAUGACACAUACGUGGUCAUAGAGAAUCUACGCUACACCUUGUCGAAAUAUGAUCCAGAAAAGCCCUUGUACCUUGGCAGAAGGUUUACCCCUUUCAUCAGUCAAGGCUACAUGAGUGGAGGAGCAGGUUAUGUCCUCAGUAGGGAAGCACUGAGAAGAUUUGUCAAAGGCUUCGAUUCGGGGGAAUGUACCCACUUCUCUACCAUAGAAGACAUGGCUCUUGGGAAAUGUAUGGAGACGAUGAAGGUGGAGCCAGCAGACUCCAGAGAUGUGAAGGGGAGACAAACAUUUCAUCCUUACCCACCAGACCAUUACCUGGUCAGACAGCCCCCAAGACCACGGCCUUGGUAUCUGAUUUAUGACCACUACACUCCAGUAGAGGGUCCAGGUUGCUGCUCAGAUUUUGUUGUGUCCUUUCAUUACAUUUAUGCUGUACAGGUGUAUGUUUUGGAGUACCUGACGUACCAUCUACGGCCAUAUGGAUACAAAUACAGAUUUAAUCCUGAUGAAAAAACUGAAUUUAAUACCACAGCUAAGUCCAUAUGAGAUGUGGAUGUCUUCACGACAAGCUCUGCACAAAUUGGAGGAGAGGUUGGAGGAGAGGUUGAGGGUAUCAGCACAUUUCAGAGCCAAGCUUCAUUUACUUACCAUAAUAUAUAAAAUCUUCUGUAACCAUAAUUUUAUAACUUAAAGCUUUUCGUGGUUAAAGACCUGUUGAUACCCUCAACCUGCCGAUGUCAAAACUGUGUUCAUGAUGUUUGGGGGUGUGAGUGGGUCUGUUUUACUAAGCUAUCACUUUGUGUAUAAUCAGAAAUGAAGAAAUGUAAUUAAUGCCUUUGAUCCUAAUUUUUGUGUUUUAUAACUCUUACAAACUUGUAUUUUACUUGAAGGGUCGUCUUUCUAUUAUAAACAUCUGUAUAUUCUGUGUUGAA